AUGAGUGAGAACGAGCUGGACAAGGAUGGCGACGAGCUUCCUGUUCCGCUCCCGCCGGGUCAGCCUGCUGUGGCCUAUGACCCCUUGGAAGAACCAAGAUAUGGUUGGGUUGUUUGCAUUGCUAUGCAUUUAAUCAAUGGCUUCACCUGGGGCAUCAUUGCGUCCUAUGGAGUAUAUCUCUCAUAUUACAUCGAUCACGACAUCUUCUCCGGAGCUUCAGAUCUGGACUAUACUUUCAUCGGCGGAGUGAACUUUGCUUGUGCUAUGCUCAGCGGGCCGAUUGUCAAUGUCUGUAUACGAAAAACGGGAAUUCACUUCCCCAUGUAUUGUGGUUGCAUCAUGUUUGCAGGUGGCUUUGUCGCCGCGUCUUUUGCGACCGAGUUCUGGCAUUUGGUAUUGACACAAGGUAUUCUUGUCGGGCUAGGCACAGGAUUCACCUGGCUUCCUGCGACCCCAAUCCUACCUCAAUGGUUCAACAGAAACAGAAGUUUAGCUCAAGGUAUUGCUGCAGCCGGAAGUGGCACGGGAGGAAUCAUCUUUUCUGCUGCGACAACCCCCAUGAUCCAGAACAUAUCACUGGCCUGGUCGCUUCGCAUCACCGGCAUCCUUGCCUUCGUGGUGUUAGUCACGGCGACGACAUUGAUCAGGAGCCGCAACGAGAUGAUCCGUCCCCGCUUCAAGGCUGUCGAUACAGAUCUACUGAAACGGUAUCGCGUCUGGUUGCUGAUCGCCUAUAGCUUUUUCUCCAUAUUGGGCUAUAUUGUGGCAAUAUACUCUUUAGGUGCCUUCGCGACCUCUAUUGGACUCACCCAGGACCAAGGUGGGAUUGUCAUCACCGCACUGCAGGUAGGAACGGCUAUUGGGAGACCGUUCAUUGGUGUCCUGAGUGAUCAUUUCGGCCGAAUGACAGUGGCUUGCCUGUUGACGGCGUCAAAUGUCUUAUUUACGUAUGCCAUAUGGAUACCUACGCACUCAUACGGCGUGCUCAUCUUCUUCGCUCUGGUCGUUGGAGCCACGAGUGGCGUCUACUGGGGUACAAUUGCGCCUCUCUGCGCCGAAGUCGUCGAGCUGAAAGAGCUACCGUCGGCACUCAACCUCAUGUGGAUCACGGUUGCAUUCCCCGCUCUAUUUUCAGAGGCAAUUGCUCUGGAAAUUCGGCGGCCUCAUUCGCCUCGACCCUACUUGUGGCCCCAAAUCUAUACGGGCCUGGUCUUUUUGAUUGCCAGUCUCUUCAUGCUGGAACUCCGGAGACAGAAAUGGGGCUUCAAGAGAGAGCGGCAUAGGUAA